ACUUCCGGGCGGAGCGGAAGUGACGCACCAGAAGAGGCUCUGGGGCUGGCACCGUUUCACCUGGUUUCUGUAUGCUGCUGUCUGCACUCCGGCUCCCUACCAGCAUCAGGCUCACCCCGUCCUGGGUCUGCGGUUCUUCUCGUUCCUUCAUGGAUCUGAAGUCCCUCCUUUCCUCCCUAAAUGACUUUGCGUCCCUCUCCUUUGCCGAGAGUUGGGACAACGUGGGGUUGCUGGUGGAGCCGAGCCCGCCCCACACCGUCCGUACACUCUUCCUGACCAAUGACUUGACCGAGGCGGUCAUGGACGAGGCUCUCCAAAAGAAGGCAGAUCUCAUUCUCUCCUACCACCCGCCGAUCUUCCGCGCCAUGAAGUGCGUAACUUGGAAAACCUGGAAGGAGCGCCUGGUUAUCCGGGCCCUGGAGAACAGGGUCGCCAUCUACUCUCCCCACACGGCCUAUGAUGCUGCACCCCAGGGAGUCAACGCCUGGCUGGCCAAAGGGCUCGGAGCUUGCAGCACAAAGCCCAUCCACCCUUCCAAAGCUCUCACCUGCCCCACAGAGGGAGCUCACCGACUAGAAUUCACUGUGAACCACACCCAAGAUCUGGACAAAGUCAUGUCUGCGGUGAAAGGAAUUGGAGACGUCUCUGUCACUUCUUUUCCUGCUAGGCGAGAUGGUGAGGAAGAGACACGGAUCAGCCUAAACUGUACUCAGAAAGCCCUGAUGCAGGUGCUCACCUUUCUCUCCCAGAACCAACAACUUUAUCAGAAAACGGAAAUUCUGUCCUUGGAGAAGCCUCUGCUUCUGGAUACUGGAAUGGGACGGCUGUGCACACUGGAUGAAGCCGUCUCCCUGGCAACAAUGAUAGAGCGGAUCAAAGAACACCUAAAGUUAUCUCAUGUUCGCUUAGCUCUCGGAGUAGGGAAGACCUUAGAGUCUCCAGUCAAAGUUGUGGCCCUGUGCGCUGGUUCUGGGGGCAGCGUUCUACAAGGAGUGAAGGCUGACCUUUACCUCACAGGUGAAAUGUCCCACCAUGAUGUCCUGGAUGCGGCUUCCAAAGGAAUAAAUGUCAUUCUCUGUGAACACAGCAACACUGAACGAGGCUUCCUUUCCGAUUUGCAGGAAAUGCUGGGUGCUCAUUUGGAGAAUAAGAUUAAUAUCAUCCUGUCUGAGACAGACAGGGACCCUCUUUGUGUGGUUUAGAGAGCAGAGGGAGUCAGAGUCAAGCUGUGCACCAUUUGGGUGGAAACAGGGAUGUCCAGGGAGAGUUACGGUGCUGUCGUCCUCCUACAGAAGCGGGCUCCAAAGACGUCGUCCAAGUUCAUCAGUAAGGUUCCAGAUGGUAUAGCUCACAAGGUAAAGAGUGCAAUAAAGACACAUGCUCACUAUAAACUCUUGGAAAAGGCAACUAAAGCCUGGAUAUCACUAGGCGCUUUUGUUUGAUUGUUUAAUGUGACAGAAUCUAUAACCCAGGAUAGCCUCCAAUGCACUACUUAGCUGAGGCUGGCCUUGGACUUUGGAUGCUCAUGUAUGCACUCAACACCUCUGAAGUAGCUCUGUAUACACGGGAUGUCCAUCUCAGUAAUCUCUGCCCUCUGAUUAAUCUUAAACACCAUUUAAAAACAGAUGUGGAGGGGCUGGAGAGAUGGCACAGAGGUUAAGAGCACUGACUGCUCUUCCAGAGGUUCUGAGUUCAAUUCCCAGCAACCACAUGGUGGCUCACAAGCAUCUGUAAUGAGAUCUGGCGCCCUCUUCUGGCCUGUAGGUGUACAUGCAGGCAGAGCACUCUAUAUAUAAAAAAAUCUUUUUUAAAAACUGGAUUUGAUUUUUUUUUCCUAAGUGGCAUUUUUGGGUGAUGAAGUAAAUCUGUGUGCUAAGUUAGGCAUCAGAAAUUUUUUUUUUUUUUUCGAGACAGGGUUUCUCUGUGGCUUUGGAGCCUCUCCUGGAACUAGCUCUGUAGACCAGGCUGGUCUCGAACUCACAGAGAUCCGCCUACCUCUGCCUCCCGAGUGCUGGGAUUAAAGGCGUGCGCCACCACCGCCCGGCAUCAGAAAUCUUUUUAAAAAAUAUUUAAAAACCCACUGGUGAUCACUAUCUAUAUUCGUACUUACUCCUAUAAUUUUGGGGUUUUUGGUGGUGAAGGGAUCAAACUAAGCACCUUGUACAAUUACUGCUCAAGCUGGCAGCAUGAACCUGGAAGACCGGGGCCUAAAAAAUGAGGCGGAAUAAAGUCUCAUGCAAUAGGCAACUUUAUUUAGAGACUCAGACAAUUUAGACUUUGAAAGUUAAGCAGAGUCACCUGAGUAAAGUGUACAAUCACAUGGAGAAAUGGCACAUGGCAAAAACAUUUUUUCAUAGAGGCAUAUGAACAAUAACAAUAGCCAGCUGCAAUAGUUUUGUGUUUUUGCAAAAAAGAAAAGAAAAAAAAAACAAGCAAAAGAAACCCGAUUCUUGUUUUAUUGAAGUAUUCUCACAAGCACUCAGAAUUCCCCUUGUACAACUCUAUUCUUAUAUUCUCUCUCUCUCUCUCUCUCUCUCUCUCUCUCUCUCUCU